CUUCCACACCGCUGCAUUCUUCCACUCUUCCACGGCGAUGGCAUCGAUGAAGCUCUCCGCGGCCAUGGCGCCAUGGCGGCCACGGCAGGCGCAAGGAUUGGUAGGAUUUUGCUCUCUUUCGGAUGAUCAGCAAUGGACUCAAGAGGAUGGAGACCCGAUUGAUGAGCUCAGGGUUUGGGAGGAGGAGGAGGAUCAAGAGGGCGUAGAUGAGAAGCUUUUCACGCGGAAUGGAGGUAAGCUUCGGGAGAUCUCGCUAGAGGAGAUUGAGAAGAGGCUCCGGAAUCACUGGAACGGUGGAUUGCCUUGGAAGGCAUUGCUCGGCAGCUUGGAAAGGGAGAACGCUAUAGGGGAGAAGUUUGCUGUAGAACAGUUUAGGAAGGUUCCAGAGAGAGCGUGGCACUGGCUCUUGCAAGAACUGUGUGUAAGUGGACGCAGUAGCUUUGCUUCCGAGCUCUUGGAAUGGCUCCGAGAGAAUUCCUUCUGCCGGACUUACGACGUCUUGGACUCGGUGGUCAUCCAUGGAUAUGGAAGGGAGAGGAAACUACACAAAGCUCUAGAGGUGGCCGAGAAGCUUGGAUCCAAUCUUCAGCGACGUGGAUACAAUGCUCUCGUCGGGGCUUACGCACAGAACAGGGACUAUGGAAAAGCUCUAGAGACUUUGAGCAAGAUGAAGACUCUCGGCUUUCCUCCGGACGUGGUGAGCUACACGCACGUCAUUCAAGCUUGCCGGCAUGGUGUUGUGGAUAUCUACACGGGGUUUAGGCUCUUCCAGGAAAUGCAAGCCGAGGGCGUCCAGGUUGACGGAAAAGUCUACAACGAUCUCAUCUUUGCCUGUGGACAAGCUCACAAGCCCAACGAAGGCAUGUUUUUCCUGGAGAAGUUGCAAGCUUCCGGCCUGGUGGCGGACAGGGAUAGCUACAUAUCGCUGAUGCUUUCUCUCGGAAAGCACGGGAGGACUGCCGAGGCGGAAGCUCUGCUGGAAGAAAUGAAGUGGUAUGGCUUGAGGCCGAACCUCAAGGCUUACAACACGCUUCUCGGUGGCUACUCGAGGAAAGGCCAGCUACAACAAAUAGACACCGUCAAGACGCUACUCCGAGACACAGGGAUGUCGAUAAACAAGAUAACAUACUGCCUGCUCAUCGAUGCUUACGCUCGCGCGGGGCUUAUGGAUCGGCUGGAAGCUCUCUAUCAGGAGAUGCGGGACUGUGAUAUCCGGCCCAACACCUACAUGUACGCGAGGAUGAUAACGAUCUACAGGGACACAGGGCAGUGGCAGAAAGGCGUGAAGCUCCUGCGAGAGAUGCAGCAAGCAGGAGUCACACCCGACGCUCACGUCUACAACGUGAUCAUCAACACCUUCGGCCGGACCAGGCAGCUGGAGCAAGCCCGCAUCGCGUUCUUCAAAAUGCAAGAUGGUGGCAUCGAGCCGGACGUGGUGUCCUGGAACUCGCUCAUAGACGCCUGCUGCAAGGCGGGGCAGCCUCUAGAAGCGAGAAAACUCUACUACAAGAUGGUGAACGAUGGCUGCGCUCCCACGGCUCAAACUUUCAACAUCGUGAUCCACGGCCUGGGAGAGCACAAGCGGUGGAACGACGUGAACGAGAUGGUGGAGGAGAUGCGCUCCAAGGGGAUGUUUCCAAACGUGGUGACUUACACAACCUUGGUGGACGUCUACGCUCAAGCGCGGCUCUUCCAGGACGCAGUGGAGUGUCUCCAGACGAUGAAGGAGGAUGGAAUGGGGCCAUCGCCGACGGCUUACUCGGCUCUGGCGAACGCGUACGCGCAGCUGGGGAUGUGCGAGCAGACGCUUCAUGUCCUCCAGACGAUGGAGAAGGAGAACAUCGAGAUCAACCUGGCGAUGCUCAACUUGCUCAUCAACGCCUUCAGCAUGGCCGGGAGAAGCCAGGAGGCGUUCGCGGUGUUUGAGUACAUCAAGGAGGCUGGAUUGACGGCGGACAAGAUCACUUACACGACGCUCAUGAAGGCUUUGAUCCGAGCCGAGAAGCUGGACGAGGUCUCGGGUGUGUUUGACGAGAUGAUCAAGGCUGGGUGUAGGCCGGAUGGGAAAGCUAAAGACAUGCUUCGCAGUGCUUUUCGAUUCAAGGAACGCGAGUUGUCACCGAAAGAUAAGAGCUUCGCGGAGGAGUACUUGGCCAAAUGAGAAGAAGAAGAAGAAGCUACUCGCUGGAAUCGAACCUCGUUAGGCUUAAACCUCUGAUAUUCUAAAUUUUUAGGGCGGGA